AUGACCGACUCUGAGAUUACUGGGACAGUCGACUUCACGGCUAACGGGGAGACCUACCAGACCUGGUACCGCCUCCUAGGCGACCUCAACUCUGGCAAACGCCCCCUUGUUACGCUGCACGGUGGACCCGGCUUCGGACACGAAGCCAUGCUCCCGCACUAUGAGCUGCACAGAGCCCGCGGCAUCCCCGUCAUAUGCUACGACCAGCUUGGCAUCGGGAAGAGCACGCACCUCCGCGAGAAGCCGAAGGAGUUCUGGAGCGUCGAGCUGUUCGUCGACGAGCUGGCGAACCUCGUCGAGAAGCUCGGCAUCGCGGAGAACUUCGACUUGUGCGGCCAUUCGUGGGGCGGGAUGCUCGCCCUGUCGUAUGUGCUCGCGAAGCAGCCCAAGGGACUGAAGCGGAUGGUCCUGGUGGGAACGCCGUCGUCUAUGGAGCUAUGGCAGAAGGGGACGAGGGAGCUGCUCGAGGGCUUGCCGAAGGAUACACGGGAGACACUGAAGAAGCACGAGAGGGAGGGCACGACGGACAGUGAGGAGUACAAGGCGGGGAUGGAGGUCUACUUUCGCAAGCACAUGUUGAAAGUCGUCCCGGAAGACCCUACGGUGUAUUCGAUCAUGAACGGCCCUUCCGACUUCUACAUCACUGGGACCAUCAAGAGCUGGUCGGUGCUCGACGACCUGCACAAGAUCUCCCAGGAGACGCUGGUGAUCAACGGCGCCGACGACGAGGCGAGGGAUUUCGUCGUCGGUCCUCUCUUCUGGCGGAUCCCGAAAGCGAAGUGGGUGCAGUUCGCGAAUAGUUCUCACCUAGCGUUCUUCGAGGAGCCAGUGCGGUACUUCGAGGUUGUUGGGCAAUUCUUGACUACACCUGCAUAA